CUGCGCAGUAGCGUCCAAGUGGUUGCUAGGAGAUCAGUGGCCCUAGUGAUGGAGCCGGAAUAAAGUAGUUAGUUCAAGAGGGCAGGAUGCCGCACAAGAUUGGGUUUAUUGUUGUAAGUUCAUCAGGGCACGAGGAUGGCUUCAGUGCGAAAGAACUGAUGGUCCAUGCCCCAACCAUCAAUGGCUGGAGGUCACCAAGGCUCUGCCAGUAUCCCCAAGAAGUCGUCCUUCAGAUGGUGGAGCGAUGUAGGAUUCGAAAACUGCAGUUGCUGGCUCACCAGUACAUGAUUUCUAGCAAGAUUGAAUUCUUCAUCAGCGAGAACCUGCCUGAAUAUUUUGCACCAUACAAAUCAGAGAGGUUCCGAAGGCUAGGUUACGUGUCUCUCUCAAAUAAUGAGAAAACUGGCUACAAGGCGCGAGAACUGAAAUCCGUCUACGUGGAUGCCGUCGGCCAAUACCUAAAGCUGACGUUCCACAAAAACUAUGUCAAUAGGUACAACCUGUACAGUCAGGUUGCUCUUGUAGCAAUAAAUAUCAUUGGAGAGCCUGCAGAUGCCAGCAAUGACACUAAUCAUUCUUCUAGAGAGAAGCUGAUCGACCAUUACCUUGGGAACAACCCAGAUGACUCAGCCUUGGAUGGAACAUACACCGGGAAGCCAGAUUUGAUUUCACCACUGGAUGACCUGGCUUUUGACAUGUACCAAGAUCCAGAGGUGGCGCAGAUAAUCCGCAAGCUGGAUGAGAAAAAGCACGAAGCGGUGCGCCAGGAGCAUUACGACCAUGCCAAGAAACUCAAGCAAGCUAUUGCAGACCUGCAGAAGGUCGGCGAGCGGCUGGGCCGCUACGAAGUGGAGAAGCGCUGCGCCGUUGAGCGGGAGGACUAUGACCUUGCCAAGCAGAAGAAGCAGCAGAUGGAGGAGUACCGCCUCAAAGUGUACCAGCAGCUGGAGCUGCACAAUCUCCUCGACCCAGACCUGUUGAUCCGGCGGCCUCCCGACUUGCCUCUAGAGCCUGUGGCUUAUCCCACCACUUCUCCCCAGCAGAAAAGGCCUCUGCUUUCGCCCCGGUGGGACAAAACCGAAGCGGAGAGUCCUGAGCUGCCGCCUCCUGAAAAGCCACCAGAAGCUCCUUCUCCAGAGCCCAUUGCAGCUCAGGCCAUCUCUCCUCCCGCCGCCCAGGCCCCCAUCUCCACCGAGGCUUUUCCAAAGAUCAACGUUGAAUUCUUGCCUUACGAUGAGAGGCCCCUCCCGACUAUUCGUAAGCAGCAGCAGGAGGAAGGCUUUCCCUACUUGGACCCUGAGAUGAACGAGGAGGACCCUGGGGACACCCCGAGAAGUGGUGUCGUCGGGGAGCCGGAGCCACUGACCGAGAAAGCACUGAGGGAGGCCAGCUCAGCCAUUGAAGUGUUUGGGGAAGGCCUGGUUGCAGGGGCCUAUUCCAAGACAUGGUCCUACCGCGAAGACUCGUUGCUCGCCAUAUACAAAAAGAUGACGGAAGUAUCCACAAACACGCCAAAGGAUGACCUGAAGAACCUCCUUCGGGGCGCCAUCUUCCUCAUAGUGAGAGCCAUAAAAGACAUAGUCUCCUCGGUUUUUCAAGCUUCCUUAAAGCUCCUAAAGAUGAUCAUCACGCAGUACAUCCCCAAGCAUAAACUUGGAAAGCAAGAGACCACUUACUGCGUGGAAAGGACCUUCCCCAACCUUCUCUCCAGGACGGGGGACUCCUCUGCCCGCCUUCGUGUAGCGGCUGCCAACUUCAUCCAGGAAAUGGCCCUCUGUAAUGAAGUGAAGCCUCUUCAGAUUAUACCUGCUCACCUGGUGCAGCCUGUGAAGCCAAAUUCCCCUACACAUCUUGCAAUGAGCCAGGUGGAAUUAGUGGAACGCUUGCUGAAAGAGCUGGGGACGGAUAACACCGGUUUUACUGUCGAUAACGUCAUGCGGUUUGCAACAGGAGCUCUGGAGCAUCGAGUAUAUGAGGUCCGGGAAACAGCCCUCCGGAUCAUCCUGGAUAUGUAUCGGCAGCACCGAGCCGUCAUCCUGGAUUACCUUCCUCCUGACGAUGCCAACACACGCAAGAACAUUCUGUACAAGACACUUUUCGAUGGGUUUGCUAAAAUAGACGGCAAGCUCACAGAAACUGAAAUAAGGGCACAGAGAAAGACGGCUACUGACGAAGCUGAAAAGCAAAAGAAAGACGAGAUCAAAGUGUUGCAAGGUCAGCUGGCAGCUCUGAAGGACAUGCAGACGGAAGCUCAGGCUGUAAAGGAGAAAGAUAAUGAUAUUCAGAAGUCCAAGGCUCAAGCCGAGUUCUUGAAAAAAGCCCCACAGCCUCCAAAAGCAGACACUCCAGAUGAUCACACCUCAGUUGCAAAUUACCUCGACAACCUCUGCAUCUUCUGUGGGGAGAGAGAUGAAUCAUUCACGGAGGAAGGCCUGGAUCUCCACUACUGGAAACGUUGCCCAAUGCUGACAAGGUGCGAGUUCUGCAAACAGGUGGUUGAGAUUGCCAGCCUGACAGAGCACCUGCUGACGGAGUGCGACAAAAAGGACAACUUUGACAAGUGUCCGCGCUGCUGCGAAGCCCUGCCGAAGGAUGAGCUGCCCCGGCAUGUCAAGGGAAAGGCCUGCAACCCUGCCAAGCCUGAAAAAGUGGCCAAUCACUGUCCGUUGUGCCAUGAGAAUUUCACGCCAGGAGAGGAGGCCUGGAAGGUGCACCUCAUGGGCAAAGACGGCUGCCGCAUGAACCUGAGGCGGGCCCAGUCCUUGAACAAGAGCAUGCCAAUGCAGUCAGUUUCCGGCAGGCCUGUCGCAGCACCUCUCAACCGAUCCGGGCCGACGGGCAUGAAGCUUCGCUCCCCAUUGGUUGGCAGCAAGAUCCCCACCCCACGAGGAGGCAUGAAUAAAAGCACUGGCAGAACGUAUGCAAAGCGAUGACGCGGAUCUCUUCUUUCCUUUUGGCUCCACAACCGGCUGCACUUUACGUAUCUCGCUCUAAGAUUCUGCUUGCAGAUAGUGGCGGUACCCUGCCCCACACUCCUCUCCUUCCCCAAGUGGCACAGUUAUCAGCCAAUUGUGUCUCUGUAUGAUUGUUUGGCUCCCGUAGGUUGGUCCUCUCUUCCCUGGGGAUUGUCCACACAGGUGGAGAAGUUGCACGUGGGUGCUCACCACUUGACUGUGAUCUCUUGCACCACAAAAGCAGGGAAAAGAGGAAGCCUUGUCUAAGCCUUCUUACACCCUCUAGUUUCUGGGUCACUUUCUCCUUGCGCUGCAGGCCCAGGCACAAGGAGGUGGGUUCUUAUGUUACAUGGGUUGUCCGAAUUUGGUGGGAUUUGCCAUGCCAGUCUUUCUCCAAGCCCUACCUAGUUCUCGUAAGAAUUUCUCUAGGCAGAGUGAGUUAUAGUCUAGGCUCAGCCUGAAGCAUUUGCUCAUGAAGCAUGUUCUACACAUUAGGAUCUGUUGCGUCUCUUGCUGCUCUUGCAGAUUCCCCACUGGAUUCUGUGGGGUUUCUGCAGGAGAUGUUUCCCCCAUAAGUCUGAUGUGUCUGUCUCCCACUCUGCUGCUCUUAUUGUCUGUCCGUCCCCAAAAUAACCUACCACCUGAAGCACCCUAGGAAGGCUGUGCCUGUUCCUUGUUCAUAAUCAGAUACUAAAGAAACGUACAGAUUUAAGCCCCACAAACUUGGCAGCCAGGCUGCCAACCAUAGGCCUUUCUGCCCUCUUCCUGUCUGUUUGAAAGGUACAUUCCUCACCCUAUUUUCUAGGAAGUUUUGCUGAUCCACCACCACCUCCAAAUGUGCAUAUGAGAGAACUGCGGCAGCCAAUAAAUAUUGGCCUAAGAACCAGUUUGUGCCAUUUGGGUGGUCAGGGGGGUACAGCUUUUAGUUGCCUGUUCCAUUUCAUCUUUCUAGUGGGGGGGGGUAGGAGUGGGAAUUGCAUGCUUAAAUGCUUGCAUACAUUUUUUUAAAAAAAAUAAUUUUAAAGUAUGCAAUGUCAGAGGAAAGGGCUCUCACCUGGCCUUCUCCUUGACAUACUAGAGUUUCUGCAUACAUCAUGGAUGGACAGCUGAUGGCCCUCCAACGGUUGUAUCCAACUAAGUUCUACUCAGAGUAGACCCACUGAAAGCAGUGAGUUAUGCCAAUAAACAUCAACGGGACGCACUUUGGUUACAACCCCAGAGGUUGUGGGACUGCAGCUCCCAUCAACCCCAGCCCACAACAUUUGGAGGUCUACAGGUUCCCCAUCCCUGGAAUCCUUGGGAAGUUUUCAUUUUCAAAGCAUUUAAUUCCCCUACCUGCCCGCAGUCUAAACUACCAAGGUCCAACCAGAGCUGCCCCAUUUGACCUAUUUGAUCAUGUUCUGCUUGAAAAGAUGGGGCAGACCAGAAUCCCCUUCUCUAGAGCUCAAGAGGCAGUUCUAGUAACCCAGCACAUGCGUGGGCACGGCACAUUAUGUUAAAAAGCAAUAGGGGGGAGGGGAGAACCCAGAAUCUUCGCUAUGUGCAAAGCACUCUGGAAAUGAGAACUGACAGGUGGUUGCAGUUCUUGCAGAUCUAAAUAAUAUGUAACCCUUGGGUUCCCAAACAGGGAUUUUCCAACCUCUCUAGGAGGUUGCCCUCCCUCAGAGAGCAUAGCAUAACACUUUGGAUGAUAAAAGGAUGCACCCAUGCUGGUCAUUUUAAUGGGAAGGGAGUUCCCAUGUAAUGGAAAAGUUUGAAAACCACUGGAUCAGGUUAAUGAAAAUCGUUAACAACCUCAGGAAUAAAAUAAAAAAAAUUCCUUCAGUAGCACCUUAAAGACCAACUAAGUUUUUAUUUUGGUAUGAGCUUUCAUGUGCAUGCACACUUCGUCAGAUACUACGAAGCUCAUACCAAAAUAAAAACUUAGUUGGUCUUUAAGGUGCUACUGAAGGAAUUUUUUUAUUUUGUUUCGACUCAGACCAACACGGCUACCUACCUGUAACCUCAGGAAUGUUAAUCAAGUCAAUGAAAGGGUUUAGUUGCCAUCCCAUCCUUUGCUUUAAAGGAUCAUCUGAAAGGACAGCAUUAUAAAACUUGUUCUGCCUCUUCUUAUAAGAUGUGUAAUGGCUGAUGUGGGAUCUGCAGGCAUUUGAAUUGUGCAAACUCUUCAGCAAGCAGAAAAAAGGUAGCCAGAUACAGAGCGCAUAACUAAUACUCUGACCCCAUAUGAACGUUAACCUUUUUUUAUUUUUUACGGCCUUGCAAGUGUGUAGACUAGAGGGAUUAUGGAGGCGAAAGGAGGAGUCUAGAGAUCACCAGCUUAGAUGGCUUUUUAAAAAAUAGAUAAAUUUGUGGAGGAUUGAAUGAGAUAGUCAGGUGGAAGCUCUGUGCAGAGCCCGCCCAGCCAUUAGGCAGGAUGAGGCCACUGCAUUUGGGAGCAGAAGCCCCCAAAGUAGUGUCCUAUCAUCUCUGCCAGGAGCAGAGAAGCACUGCCCAUUUCAGGCAAGAUAACAUCUAUUGGGGGCAAUAUCUCGCCCUGAAUCAGUGUGAUCUUGCCUGAAAUCAGUGCCAAUGGCAGCGCUGCUUCUCUGUGAUCAACAGAUGCAGCAGGACACAUACUGGUGGCACAGCGAGCAGCGGAAGGACCAGGUAUAGUGGCAACAGCAGUGGGGUCAGGCAGCAUUUCCCAUUUUGCCUCAAGCAGCGAAACAGGAUGCACUGCCCCUGGCUCUGCAGGGCCGGCUAAGGCAAGGCUGGGUGGCGCAAUGCGCCAGAGUGCCGGGCCGCCGGGGGGCGUUGCGCUGGGAAACGGGGGGGGGCGCCGGAGGGAUCUUCGCACCACGGCGCCAGGGCCCCAGAUAUGCUUAAGACGGCCCUGGCUCUGUGUAUCUGCAGAUGUAGCAUAUCCUUUAUUAAAAAAUAAUUUUUAAAGUGCUAGAGGCUGGGCAGUGGGGAAAGCGACUCUCCUCCCCUUCCAGCCCUGCUUAUGGGCUCCCAGAAAGCAUCUGGUGGGUGCUAAGCUAGAUGGACCCCUGGGGCUGAUUCAGCGGGGCUUUUCUUUCAUUCCUUUCCAUUUGCAGAAGACUUGCUUUAGCCUUCCUUUUCUUGUCCUCGCAGGUAGGAGCGGCAGACCUAGCACAGCGGAGGAAAGGCUUUUGAUUGGGGUGGGACACUGUUCCAAUUUUAGAUGGUUGUGCUGUGCUACAAGGAGCAUAAGUGGGCAUUAAGCACUUGCACGCUUUCUGGCACAAAUCAAACAUGCCUAUGGGCACACACACACACACACACAAAAGCAUUCCUUUUCUCACAAGCACGUCAAGUAAGAGUAAGGCACAGGUGGGUGUAUUUAUCGCUCCCCACCCACCCACUGAGUGAGUUGUGUAGAAAAACUCUCUCCUGCCCACUUAAGUGGGGUCUGGGGGCCACUGUAACAGCUGCAGGGCAUGCCCUGCACCCCCUGGCAAUUCCACCGCCUUACCCAAGCCUCUCUCAACCCCAUUCCCCCCCCCCCGAAGCUACCGUAAGUCAGGCCUUGUACUGGAACCUCUUGAAACCCUCAGCCCUGGCCCAUCCCAGGCCACAGAUACGAUGCUGUGGGUCAUGCUGCAGAUGAGCUGCUGCUGAAAGGGGCAGAUGGAAACACAGAAGGGGGGAGGUGAAUGUUUCCCCAAACAAGGGUCUGGUUUGUCCUUUGGCUUGUUUAGGGCAGAACAAGAAGUUACAUUGGAAAACACAAGUUCCCAACCCUUUUGUCUGCUGAAGAACAGGGAUCCUGGGACAGGAGAGAAGCAGCCGGGGAGACCACUUGUGCAUGCACCUAGAACCCCCGUUCACUGCUUUGACCCAAACCAGACCUGUUUUGGAUAUAACAGGUUAAAAAAAAGCCAGUGGAGGGGUGGGGUUGGGAGAACAGCCAGUGGGAUACAGAUUAAAUACCCCUGCUGUUUUACCCCUGAGAUUCAUCCCUUUUCCUGCAUUAACAUGCCUUCCUGUACACCUUCCUGUGUAAUCACAGGAUCUUGGUGACCUUGGCUAGAAAUAACCAAGUUACAUCUAGGGGGAGAAACAUGUUUGCAGGAGCAAACUUCCAAUGCAGGAUAUCUUUAGGUGCACAAGACGUGCGCUUGCCCUUCAGGUUCCCCAACGUGGGGGCAAAGUUUGUUGCAACUCCCCACCAAGCCAGUCUCCAGUCAGAGGCUCACCUAAAGGGAGCUGGCGCCAACAUAUCUUCAGUUGGGGUUUUCAAGACUUAAGUUGGAUAGCUUGCCAUGUUGCAACUUAGCCAUGUUGUGUGGUUUUGUAGGAAAUGAGCAAAUUGCUGGAUAGCAGGCCUGACUCCAGAGUUUUGCAAACUUCUUUUGUUACCUUAGAUCAGGGGUCCCCAGACUUACCGGCGUUUGGGCCGGUUCCCACCGCGCCGAUCGCGCGGC